GAAGCCACGGUGUUCGGUGAUCCUCAGUACUGUGCGGGCGAGUGAGAAUAGUGUGUCAUCUGUAAUAGCGCGAUCGGCGGCGGACUAUCUAUCGGUGGCAGCGGAGGUGGCAGUGGUGGUGUGCGUGUGUGUGCGCGCGCGAGAAAGAGAAACGAGGGAGAGAGAGAGAGAGAGAGAAAGAAAGAGAUAAAGAGAGAGACAGCGCGCAGUGUUACGUGUUUUUUUGAGCCUCGUCCGUGUUGUGCUCGCCAUGACGUUGCUCUGAAAUCGUAUCUCAAUAAUAUCAAUCCCGAUGUUGGCCAUAGGAUUGCGCCAAUGUGACUUUCAUGCUUUUAACGAGGAGAGCAUCCGGGGCGGCAAUUCGUGGAUACCGAAGAAAGCUUCAAACGCGUUUGAAGCUUUCGAGGUCGUAUUCAUGGAACUAUGAACCUGGACUCGUUGUCUUUUACUUUGUCACAAAUCAGUUAUUUGGUUGCGAAUUUGAGUAAGAGAAAUUUUCGGGAGAGCUGUCAAGAGAUCUCGGUCCUGGUGCAGUGGACUGGCCUGGAGGCGGACCGACAUUUGUUGCGCUGUUUGAUCUCGUACGUCGACUUCUGCAGCAGCGAGCGGUCAGAGUCCAGCUCCAAGGAUUACUUUCAAGCACAGCUGUUGAAGCAGGAGUGUGCCACUUUACUGAGCAAACCGUCCUUGGUAUCGAAUUUGUGCUUCGCCAUCGAUCAUCCUUUGCAUCAUCAGAAGUCGUUGAAUCCCUCCUCCAAGUUUUUUGCCAACUUAAAAAAGACACUUGGUUUGAGCUUGGUGCAAGAGGUUGCUUUCGCAAUUGCGUUACAUCAUUCAGAGAACACAGAGAUCCGCACGUUGGCCUUGGAACACACGCAGAAGCAGCUGCCUGAGCUGAUAAAGAACUACGUGAACUCGGAGACCAGCAACAAACACCACGAGGAAGGUCUGCACGAUUCGUCGCCCGAGGUCCUCCACUUAAUACUCAGCCAGGCUUUUCAUACUGCCAAUCCGUACAACCUUCCCGCCGAAGCGAAGGAAAAAUUUCUCAAGAACUUACGACGCGAUUUUCCCCGUGAACUGGUACCAGUGGUGCUAGCACCACUUUUGUAUCCAGGAGACGGGGAAACUCCGCAAUCCAAAAUUGAGUUAAACAUGGCGGUCAGUCAAAUGGAUGGCAACUCUCUAGCAGAGUUAAUUAUGGAAUUAGGCUACAGUCUCACCAUUAGCGUGGAGGAAUGUCGGUCUGCAUUAGCGGGUUUAGGCGCUAGAGAAAUAACACCAGCAUGCGCCGCACGUGUGUUGGCGCACAUGGCGCGUACCUGUAGUAAUCACGAGGACACUGGAGGGAUACAGUCGUUCUGGGGUAAUUCGACGGCGACGCAGGACUCCAAUAAGGAAAAACCAUCGGAAACUGCCGUCCCGACGACAUGGAACAUCGAAGUAUUCGUUCAGGCCCUAAAGGAGAUACAAGCCACAUUGUCGUGGAACGAAGUCAUCGUGAAGUUGGAUCACGCCGAGUUCGUUAUCAAAGAUAGACAAGGCUUAAACCUACUGAUUACGGCUCUGAAAUUGGGUCUCCAACAUCAGGGAUAUCCGCCCGAUAUGUUUCCCGUCGAGCUCUUCUAUAGAUACUGGGAGAACGUAGAGGGCCAGUUCUCUCUGAUCCAACAGAUUCUUAAGUGUCCGGAUAUAUUCUGCUUCGCGGAUUAUCCGUACCACUCCGUAACCGUGGACGUACUGAAGGCAGCGCCCGAAGGUGACAGUAAAGAGGCCCAAACGUGGAGGUCGCUCAAUAUAGUGGAAUUGCUUCUGCACAUGUCGGAGAGAGGAUUGUACACCCCGGUGCAGGAAUUGUUUAAAUGGCCCAUCCAACAUUGCCCCGACGUGCUCGUGUUGGCGUUACUGCAGAUAAAUCCACCUCUCUCGCUACUGAGACAAGACCUGCUCAGCACGCUGAUGCCCAUCUUCUUCGGCAAUCACCCCAACUCGGCCGUAAUAUUGCAUCACUCUUGGCACGCGAAUAACUCCAAGAUAAAGACGAUCAUUAUGCACGCAAUGGCUGACUGGUACGCACGUGGUGACCACGAUCAGACGAGAUUAUCACGUAUCUUGGACGUCGCGCAAGAUCUCAAGGCGCUUUCGGCGCUGCUGAACGCGCAGUCUUUCCCGUUCGUCAUUGAUCUCGCCUGUUUAGCGUCUCGACGGGAGUAUCUGAAGUUGGAAAAGUGGUUGUCGGACAAGAUCAGAGAUCACGGGGAAGUUUUCGUUGCCGCGUGCGUUAAGUUCCUCCAGAGACGUUGCCCCCAGGUGAUGGGCGCUGGCAUCAAGGAGGACUCCACGGUACCCAAAGCGAGCCAAUUACCGCAGGAGACGCUUACUACAAUACUCGCUUGCCUGCAAGUCUGUGCUGGAAAUGUUUCCCAAGAAUGCUCGGAUUUGAUAGUGACGAUGGUUCAAAACUGCAGUCUGAUGUUGAGUAAGAAUGUCAACAGACCACCGCCGCCUGGAGUUUUGAGACAUCGGGGAUUGGAGCCGUUCAACCCGGCUACUCUAGGGAGCCAGAUAUUCUCCUCGAAGCAAGUAGAUCCUCUCGGUAAUCUGAGCUCGAGUCUCGCGUCCAUGGGUCUCAGCACUGGUCUCGGUCCGCCAAGCAGUUCCGCCUUCAACCUGCCGGGCGCUCUGGGGCCUCUAGUUUCGGCACCCGGGUCUCCUUCGCGACUCAUGGGACCUUCUCCGAGCCCGUUUCCGAUGUUGCCUUUAACAUCGCAGUUGCACUCAGGCCCGGUUGGCACUCAAGGCCCGUCAGUGCUUCCCGGCGGCACGACCAUCGGUGGAUUAGGGCGCCUUGCGCCGCCAGCUGGCAUCGAGAAGGCGAGGAUCCCUGAUAUCUCGAGCUUAUUUCCGGACAUGGCACAGCCCGUGGCCAAGGAGAUCGAAGACGAGGCGAACAGCUACUUCCAGCGUAUAUACAAUCACCCACCGCAUCCGACCUUGUCGAUUGACGAGGUGCUGGACAUGCUGAAGAAGUUCACGGACUCCACCAACAGGAGGGAGAGGGAGGUGUUCCAGUGUAUGAUGCGGAACCUGUUCGAAGAGUACAAAUUUUUCCCGCAAUAUCCCGAGAAAGAGUUACAGAUAACGGCGCAGCUGUUCGGUGGUAUCAUCGAGCGCGGCCUUAUCGGUAAUUACUUAACGCUCGGGAUGUCGUUGAGAUUCGUCUUGGACGCGCUCAGGAAGCCGGAGGGCAGCAAGAUGUACUAUUUCGGUAUAACCGCCCUGGAUCGCUUUAAGAGCCGCUUGAAAGACUACUCGACGUACUGCGAUCAUCUCCGUGGUAUUCCGCAUUAUAGCGACUUUCCACCGCAUUUGAUGGAGUACAUCGAGUACGGAUCGCAAGGGCAAGAACCACCGGCGAGGUCACAGGGCCCGAAAGCCAUCACGACCAUGUUAGGGGCGCCAGUCACGACGUUGUACAAGACCAUGACCACGACCACUAUAACGACCAGCACCACGCAGGCGAAACCGUCCACGACCCCGACUACGUCUCUCUCAGCCAGACCCUCCAUCGCGAAUGCAACUAACAUCGAUACUUUGCUCGUGGCUACGGACAAAGAGGAGAAGAUCACGACACCGCCGGAAGCGUUGCAGGACAAAACGGCGUUUAUCUUCAACAAUCUCAGCCAGCUGAAUCUGCAGCAGAAGUGCGAUGAGAUUCGCGAGAUCGUCACGGAGGAAUAUUGGCCGUGGAUGGCGCAGUACUUAGUGAUGAAACGCGCUAGCAUAGAACUGAACUUUCACGCUCUGUACUCGAAUUUUCUAGAUUGCAUCAAGUUGCCCGAGCUCAACAAGAUGGUCACCAGAGAAACGUUUCGUAAUAUCAAGGUGCUUCUGCGCAGUGACAAGGGUAUAGCUAAUUUCUCAGAUAGAUCGCUCCUAAAGAACUUGGGGCAUUGGCUCGGUAUGCUGACACUUGGCAGGAAUAAGCCUAUUUUACAGGUGGACAUUGAUCUGAAAAGUUUACUUGUUGAGGCGUAUCACAAGGGGCAGCAAGAACUUCUUUAUGUGGUGCCUUUUGUCGCAAAAGUACUCGAGAGCUGUGCGAAAAGCCGCGUCUUUCGGCCGCCCAAUCCCUGGACUAUGGCGAUUAUGAACGUUCUGGCGGAGCUUCACCAGGAACCCGACUUGAAACUCAACUUGAAGUUCGAGAUUGAAGUUCUCUGCAAGAAUCUAAGCAUCGACGUUUCGACCUUUGUUUCCGCGCAGGAGCUGAAACCGGUCAUUUACCUGAAAGAUCCCGAGAAAUUGCGCAACUUGGAGUACCAAUUGUCGCAACCGAACAAAAAGUCGGAAAACUCGAACAAUCAGCCGCAAUCUCAGGGUCCCAUAGAGGAACUGGUAGGACCGACGACUAGCGGCACCAUUGUUCCUCAGACCGCGCCUCCUGCGAACACGACACCCUCGUUACCGACCGGCCCGCCUGAGCCACGAUUCAAUUACAUGGAUAUAUCCAUAACCGGCAUCGCUAACAUAUCUUCGCACAUUACUCUGAAUAAUCAGUUACCUCUUUUCCAAGCGCAUCCGCAUAUGAAGCAGUUCGUCCGUCCAGCGAUCGAACGAGCUAUUCAGGAAUGGAUCCAUCCGGUCGUUGAUCGUUCCAUGAAGAUCGCUAUAACGACCAGCGAGCAGAUUGUAAGAAAAGAUUUUGCACUGGAUCCGGAAGAAAUGCGGAUGCGAACAGCAGCACGUCAUAUGGUGCGCAAUCUGACCGCUGGCAUGGCUAUGAUUACGUGUCGCGACCAGGUAAGACAACAAGAGCUCCUCACGUCGAUCAGCGCGAACCUGAAGCAGUCUUUCCUCGCGGCGAUGAUCACCUCGACUCAGCAGCAGAAAGAUCUCGCUGAACAAGCGGCGAACAUAGUCGCCGCCGAGAACAUGGAGCUCGCGUGUGCCUUCGUGCAGAAGACUGCUAUGGAGAAAGCGAUACCGGAAAUGGACAAGCGGCUAUUGAAUGAGAUAGAAUUACGCAAGAUUGCUCGACAGGAAGGAAGACGAUACUGCGAUCCCCUCGCCAAAUACCAGGCCGAAAGAAUGCCGGAGCAGAUCAGGCUGAAGAUGGGCGGUGUGACGCCGCAGCAGAUGGCGGUUUACGAGGAGUUCGCCAGGAAUCUCCCAGGUUUCCUCCCUCUCUCCGAACGAGAUACACAAGCCCUCUUCAUGCCGAAGCCUGCCACCGACACCACUGUGACCUCCUACGUCGCGAAUCCGGCUGUGGCGGUUGCGGCGGCGCAGCAAGUUGUCGCUUAUGCGACGGCAUCGGCGGUCAGUAACGAUGAGGUCGGUGCCAUGCUGGAGAAACUCGUCGCGGAAGUGGAGAUCGUAUUGACCGCUAUGGGUCCAGCGACGCCUCCUGCUCAACACGGUGCUCUCCACAGUCUCCUCGAGUCGAUUAUCCUCACCAGACGGUCGAGAGACACUGGUGCAGCGAUGAAUCUCUUAAAAAAGGCCGUCGAGGGCUUGCUAGAUGGCCCUACGAUCUCCAGCGGUGUCAUCGAUUCGGAAGUCGUCUUGCGAUACAGAGACAUGCAUUUGCGUAUUUUGAAGUGUCUUCAAGAUCCACGCGCCUACGGUAUGCAGUGGACCAACAAACAUGUCACACGUUGUUUAAUCGAGAGCAGAGAGGAGUUUCGAUACAACUUCGAAGGUGUAGAUUGUCUUAUAAGGUCUCAUCUGGUCAGUCUUCCUCAAUAUGACGUAGCGUUGGCGCAAGCCGUAGAAGCGGGAAACGCCUUGGCAACGGCAUUCGCCAUGCAAUUGGUUCAAUUGUAUUUGAUCGACGAAAGACAGACAACUCACGUCACGGAAUCUGAUUUGUUUCACACAAUCGAGAUACUCGCUCGCAUGGCCCAUCACCGAGCCCCACCGGAAGGAAUCUUGCUCUACCGACUGACCAGCCUAAUAGAUUCACUGCGCGCCAACCACGACCCCGGCAUACUGGCGGACAGAGCUCCAGCUGGACCUACCGCGCACAUUCACUCCGGAAUCCUGCAGGUGAGACAGGCUCGCGACUUCGACGAUCCGCCCGGCUUGAUGGACAAGACGGAGUAUCUGUUGCGCGAGUGGGUCUCCAUGUAUCACAAUCCCACGCACGCCCGCGACCCCACGAAGGCGUUCAGCAUCUUCGUCCACCAGAUGAACAUUCACGGCAUCCUCAAGACUGACGACCUCAUCACCAGAUUCUUCAAGCUGAGCACGCAGAUGUGCGUCGACCUCUGUUACCGCGCUCUCGCCGAGUCCGCGGCGGCGCCGUCACUCGUUCGUGCCAAAUGCUUUCAUUCGUUGGACGCAUUCGUGCGGCUGGUCGCGCUGCUGGUGAAGCACUCCGGCGACACCACCAACACUCACACCAAGAUCAAUCUCUUGAACAAAGUUCUUGGUAUAGUCGCCGGUGUGUUGCUGCAGGACCACGAGAUGCGCAGCACCGACUUCCAGCAGCUGCCCUACCACCGGAUUUUCAUCAUGCUCUUCUUGGAAUUGUGCGCACCCGAACCUGUGCUGGAGGCCGUGAACUAUCAAGUACUGAUGGCCUACUGUCACACGCUGCACAUACUGCGUCCAGCUAAGGCCUCCGGCUUCUGUUACGCUUGGUUGGAGCUGGUCUCGCAUCGGGUAUUCAUCGGUCGUAUGCUGGCUAUCACGCCGCAGCAGAAGUGCUGGGGAAUGUACGCGCAGUUGCUCAUAGACCUGUUCAAGUACCUCGCGCCUUACCUGCGCAACGCCGAACUCGCCAAACCUGUGACUCUCCUGUAUAAGGGCACGCUUCGCGUGCUGCUGGUGCUGCUGCACGACUUCCCCGAGUUCCUGUGCGACUACCACUACGGAUUCUGCGACGUGAUACCGCCCAACUGCAUACAAAUGAGAAAUCUCAUUCUGAGCGCGUUCCCCAGGAACAUGCGUCUGCCCGACCCGUUCACGCCCAAUCUGAAGGUCGACAUGCUGCAGGAGAUCGCGCACGCGCCGCGGGUUCUCACCAACUUCGCGUCCACGAUACAACCGAUGACCUUCAAGAAGGAACUGGACUCUUACCUAAAGGCCCGCGCGCCCGUCACCUUCUUGUCCGAAUUGCGCAGCAAUUUGCAAGUGUCGCAGGAGGCCGGGGUGCGCUACAACAUCCAACUGAUGAACGCGUUGGUGUUGUACGUGGGCACGCAGGCGAUCGCGUUCAUACGCAGCAAGGGCCACGCGCCCAACAUGUCCACAAUCGCGCAUUCCGCGCAUAUGGACAUUUUCCAGAAUCUGGCGGUCGACCUCGACACGGAGGGCCGUUAUCUGUUUCUUAACGCAAUAGCCAACCAGUUGCGGUACCCUAACAGCCACACGCAUUACUUCAGCUGUACGCUACUCUACCUGUUCGCCGAAGCGAACACGGAAGCGAUACAGGAGCAGAUCACCAGGGUCCUUCUCGAGAGACUCAUCGUCAAUAGACCGCACCCGUGGGGCCUUCUAAUAACGUUCAUCGAGCUCAUUAAGAACCCGACAUACAAAUUCUGGACGCAUGAGUUUGUACAUUGCGCGCCUGAGAUCGAGAAAUUGUUCGAGUCUGUGGCUAGGUCGUGUAUGGUGCAAAAGCAAGUGCAGCCCACUCCUGAGCCAGAGAUUCCAGAGUGAUAGAGUCUUUUUCUGUCACUAUGUAUAUAUAUACAUAUAUACAUAUAUAUGUGUAUAUAUAUAUAGGUUAGGUGUGUGGGUGUGUGUGCGUGUGUGUACGUGUGUGUACAGUAAAAUAAAAGUCGUACAUAAGAAUCGCGUGUAAAAAGUUGUUAACAUAAGGAUAGACAUGUAAUAUUAAGUUCUCACAGUAGACAGGUAUACUGACUAAUCAUACAUUAAGUGUAUCAAUUCAUAAGUAGCAUAUAAGUAAAGGUAAUUAUUGUGUUAAUAUUUUAAUAAAAGGAAUUCUUGCCAUCAACUUGGGCAGCAA